GACGGGUACCUGGUAUAGCAAAUAAUUAUAUCAUCAAAUAGCCCAAGUACUAGGUAAUAACAAAUUGAGAAUUACAGUUUGACAUUUUGUUAUAAAUAAAUACAUUUUAUUUUUUGUUUGUUCUAGGUAUACGAAUGUGUUAUUAAUUGGGUAAGACAUGAAUUGGGUUUUAGAAAAGUUUUUGUUCCCGAAUUAAUGGAACAUAUACGUUUGUCAUUAUUAUCAAAACGGUAUAUAUUAGAAAAUGUAGUUAAUGAACCUCUUCUUAAAAAUAGUUCUAAAUGUAAAGAUUAUGUUAUUGAUGCAUUAAAUUUUCAUCUUAUUAAGUCACUAAAUCCUUUUACCAAUCCACAAACAAUUUGGAGUAAACCUAGACAGUCUGGUGAUUUACGAAAAGUUAUUCUUGUGUUGGGUAGGUCAGAAUCCACGAAAAACUUUUCUAUAAAUUGGUAUGACCCUUCAACCAAUACAUGGCAGAGAGCACUUGAUAUGAGAAAGGGCUGGCUGCCAGUUCAUCUUGCAUUAAUAGCAAAUCAAUUUGUCUUUGGUGUAGGAAGUUCUUAUAAAACAAAUUCUCAGUCUGUCAAAAUGCUUGAUUUAUAUUCACAAACAUCCUCAUGGUUACCAUUGAAUGACAUGUCAGUUGGCCGAACAAAUUUAGGAGUUGGUGUCUUAAAUAAUUGUGUUUAUGCUGUUGGCGGACAUGAUGGUGUUAAUGGUUUGAACAGUGCCGAGGUUUUUGAUGUCAGUAUUCAAGAAUGGAGAAUGGUUUCAAGUAUGUCCAGUAAGAGAUUCUGUGUUGGUGUUGGAGUUCUAAAUAAUCUUUUAUACGCCGUAGGAGGGUAUGAUAGUUCAUCAAAGCAAUUUUUCAAAUCUGUUGAAUGUUAUGAUCCGAGUAUUGACAGAUGGAAACUAGUUGCAGAAUUGUCCAUAUGCCGCAGUCGUGUUAGUGUAGGAGUUUUAGAUGGUGUGAUGUAUGCUAUUGGAGGUUGGGAUGGGUCAGUAGUUCAUAAAAGUGUAGAAGUCUAUACAGAAAGAUCCAAAGUUUGGACUAGUAUUCCUGAUAUGCAUAUAUGCAGAAGAAAUCCUGGUAACUAUAAUUAUUAUUUUUUCAAAGAAAAUGUAUUGAUUUUAGAUUAUAUGUUUUAUAUAGCAGUAGUUGUAUUAGAUGGAUUAUUGUAUGUUAUGGGUGGAACAGAUGAAGAUUCUACUAAUUUGGAUUCAUUAGAAAUUUAUAAUCCAAAGACCAAUACAUGGAAGUUAGUAGAAUCGAGUUUGAAUGAUGUUGGUCUAAUUGAAAUUAUAGCUGGAGUAGUCAUUGAUGGACCACCACAUUUUAAAACUCAUUAGUAUAAGCCUUAAAUAGUCUCAUGGUUGAUAAUUUUUAAUACAAUCAUGUGUAUAUGAUUUUUUUAUUAUAUAAAUUUAAAAUUUCGUGAAUUUUUGAAUGAACAGUUUUUGUAUAACUUAAAUUGACUAUUUUAGAAUCAUAAAAUAAGCAAUUUAAUUAAUUAAAUUCUAUUCCAUCAACUAAACAUCAUGUUUACAUUGUAUCUCAUGUAACUUAUUUGUGAGAUACUGGUGCAAUGUGCAAAUUAAGUUUGUUUAAAUGUUUUUAAUUGUUUUUUUUACAUAUUAAUAAAGUACCAUAAGCUGUACAUUAUUUUAUUGUUUUU